AUGUUCAACGCGCUCCUGAAGGCUAUACUGGGGCUACUCGCUCUUUAUACCACGAAACUAUGGGUGGAACGUAAAAAGCCCUUAGGGCCACUGCCCCCCGGGCCACAGCCUAAGCCAAUCGUGGGCAACAUCGCCGACCUGCCGCCUGCAGGCGUGCAGGAUUGGAUGCAUUGGCUCAAGCAUAAAGAUCUCUAUGGGCCGAUCAGCUCCGUCACCGUGAUGGGACAGACUAUCGUAAUCUUAAAUGAUGCACAGAUAGCAUCAGAACUGUUGCGCAAACGCGCCUCGCUGUACUCCUCACGGCCGCAUAUGGUUUUUGCUUCUGAGAUGGUGGGUUGGGGGCAUGCUUUAUCUAUGCAGCCGUACACGGACCGUUUCAAAGCAUAUCGGAAGAUUCUCAAGCCAUAUUUUGGCUCACGGAAGGUCGCUUUACAGUAUGCUCCAUUGCAGGAGGUCGAAGCCCAUCGCCUUUUGUGGCGUAUUCUGAAGGACCAAGAUAACAUCACGCAGCACAUCCAGACUGAGGCUGGGGCGGUUAUUCUUCGAAUAACAUAUGGUUAUAGGGUUGAGCCGCACAAACAAGAUCUACUGGUGAAUCUUGUCAAUGUAGCCCUUGAGCAAUUCUCACUCGCAUCAACACCAGGUACUUGGCUUGUAGAUAUCAUACCGGCAUUGAAAUACUUACCAUCCUGGUUUCCGGGGGCUGGAUUCAAACGAACCGCACAGGAGUGGAGGAGAAGUCUUGAAGAUGUUGCAAAAAAACCUUACGCUCUUGUUCAGAAGCGGAUGGAAGGUGGUAGAUAUGAGCCCUCGUUUCUCUCCGAUAUAUUUAAAUUAAAGGGGAUUCCAUCUCCGGGAUCAGAGGAGGAGCUGGUUGCCAGAUGGACAACUGCAUCGCUUUAUGGCGGAGGUGCCGAUACUACUGUGUCUUCAAUUGGGACCUUUUUCCUCACUAUGGCAUUGAAUCCAGAGGUCCAACAAAAGGCACAGGAUGAGAUUGAUCGGGUGAUCGGGACCAGUCAACUCCCUACCUUAGCAGACCGUGACCGCCUGCCUUAUGUCAGUGCAGUAGUAAAGGAGGUCUUCCGUUGGCACGCUGUAGUACCAAUGGGGGUCCCACAUAUGUCCACGGCCGACGAUAUGUACGAUGGAUAUUAUAUCCCCAAAGGUUCUCUUCUUAUGCCAAAUAUUUGGGGUAUGAUGCAUGAUCCCGUGUUGUAUCAAGACCCCCUGGCCUUUAAGCCAGAGCGCUUCUUGGAGAACGAUGGCCGGGAACCUGAAACAGAUCCGCACAAUCUUGUGUUCGGCUUUGGGCGUCGCGUCUGCCCUGGUCGAAUUUUGGCAGAUACUACAGUAUGGAUCAGUGUUGCAAAGUGCCUCGCAGGGUUCAAAAUUAGCAAACCUGUAGAGAGUGGGAGUGGUGUUGAGGUGGAUGUAAAAGCAGAAUUCCAGCCUGGGGUCAUCAGCCAUCCGGUCCCGUGCAAGCUGCAGGUCGUGCCUCGGAGCGCUUCGCAUGAAGCACUGAUAUUGGCCGUCGAGCAGGAACACCCGUGGGAGCAAGGUGAUGGUUCUGAGUUGGAUAAAAUCCGAUUUUAA